AUGGCGACCACAACGAGGCCACGAUUGAUUGAUCAACUCCCCACAAUUACCCGAUCUGAGCCCAUGGCUGUCCUUGUUCUCAGUCCAGCCCGUAGUGGCACCACAUCUGUGGAGUCUGCACUUACUCAUCUCGGAUACAACGUCUACAAGGGAAUGAAGCACGCCUUCCUCUAUGCUUCUCGCGGCGAGAAUACCUAUCCACAAUGGUCCGAAGCGCUUGACGCCAAGUAUGCGCUGACUCACUCCAACAAUACGCGCUAUGGCACCACCACGUCUUUCGCUGUCGCCGACUUCGACAAGAUCCUUGGCAACUACGAUGCCGUCGUAGGCUGGCCCCUGUCCUGUUUCCCAGAAGAGGCCCUCGCAGCGUACCCGGACGCCAAAGUCAUUCUUAUGGACCGCCCGACUUCAAGCUGGAGCGCGUCGAUGCGCCGCACACUCGUCACGCGCCUGACCUGGCCAAGUUGGAAGGUCCUCCUGCCACUCGAAAAUGGACUGAUUCGCGACUGUAUUCAGUGCGGCCAACGCUGUCUGAAUGCAUGGACGGAUGGGAAUCCGUGGGACAAGGAAGCGUUGGAGAAGCGAUAUGAGGAGCACAAUGCGUUGGUAAAGCGGGAGUGUGAGAAGCAGGGGCGGCCACUGCUCGUGUAUGAGGCGAAAGAGGGCUGGGCGCCGCUGUGCAAGUUCCUGGCUAAGGAGGUGCCGGAUGCGCCGUUUCCAAGGGAGGCGGCCGGCGGGCAGUUCGAGAAGCAGGGGAAGAUAUUCUGGGCGAUGGCUUUAGCCAAAGUGAUCGGGAAGGGAGUGGUCGUGACGGCAUUGUCGGCCAUGGCGUACUUCGCGCUGAAGUAUCUUCGGCGAAGGUAG